CUUGUCCACACACACGUAGAAACUUUUGCCUUUGGAAGGGCCAUCUUUAACCCCUGUCUUUAGCAUACACACGCAACCUGAAAGGCAACACAAACGCUGCGUAAAUGUGAGGUCAAGAAGGAGGCGGGGACCGGGAUUCGAACCCUAUCCUCAGAAAUGUGAGGCCAACACUCUUCAAUCGUACACUUCAGUCUCCAACCAGCCGAUGGCGCUGGCGACUCGACAUUGCCAUGGAAGACUUCUUCGUUAGUUGGCUCCAAAUGUGUACGUCAGCUCGCGGGCUUUGUUUUGAUAUGGCGGCAAGUUCGUAAAGUGUUUCUUUUUCUUUUCCCAUUUUUGAGGUUAAAGAAGUUUUAAAACCAAACUUUUCCACGCCACGAGUACUCCAAUCUUCUCCCGUAUUAAAGAAAUCUUGGACCAGGGCAGCCAAGAAGAGGGUGGCACCAGCAUGUCCUCACCCACUGCUGGCCUCCCAUACUAUCCGUCGGACAUUUUGGCCCGCUGGAUCCCGAGCAGUACCAGGGCUGGUGUCAUUCUGGGCCCUGGGUCUCUGCGUUAUGAGUCCCCGGUAGCUUCUGUGCCCCCGGAGCCAGACGACUUUGCACCCAUGGCUGCGUCGGUGGACAGCAGCUGCGUGGAGGUGGAGAACAUCUCCGUGGCACCGAGAGGAGAAAUCUCACAGGAGGAUACCCUUAUGACAAAGCUAGAUCAGCUGAGGAGGUGGCAGCAGCAUUUGGAGGAGCAGCUGAAAGCUGACCAGCUGGAUGAACUCCUUCGCCUCCAGGAGGAGCAGCAGAGCAUCCUGGCAGCCUCCAGGACCGGACAGAGCCUCUCCAGUCCUCCCUGCGGACUUCUAAAGGAAGAAGCACUCAAGCAGCUGCAAAGUGGUCAAAAUGGCAUCGAAAGGCACGAUGAGGGAGAAGGCCCAAGCCGCGAUGCCUUUCACAAGCUGAGAAAUAAUCACAACAACAACAGAGAAGGUGAUCAUAUGCUGCAAGACAGGCCAAUACAGACCAGCAAGCAGACAUAUGAGGAGUUAUUGGAGGAGCACCUGAGGUUGGAGGAGCAGAGGUUGAAAUCUGCCCAGCAACAGCAGAAUCCAGCUGGAGAGCAGUCAGCGGCACCCCCUAAACGAGCCUUUCUGAAGCGAGGGCAGGGCUUGUCUCGAUACACCAAAAAGGCUUCUAUUCCCAAAGAGGACUCAAACACAGAUCCCAAAACGUCGAGCCGGGACCUAGUAUGCCGCAACAGCUCUGAGCCGACAUGCAUCCAGAAAAAUGCAACCAAGCGACUUUCUGUCCAGCGUAAAACUGCCACCCUAAACAAGGAGAACUGCCCAAGAGACAAAAAGGACAAGAGGGUUGAGAUUAAAGCAAGUGGGACCAAAGUAUUGGGCUCCUACCAAAGACAGAACACAGGCGGGCAGGUGAAGACACAAAAACAGGUGGAGGAGAGGCACCCUGCAACAAAGCAGGCAGGGGUACAUGCAGAUUUGCCAGGAGUCUCAGGGGAAUUGCUGGAAAAAGCAGAGAAGCUGCAACACUCAGUGUGCGAGCCCCAUCUAGAGAGCAUGGAGCUGGGAGAGUUUGAGCUCCUGGAGCAAAUGGCUGAGGAGCUCUCCUUCUCAUCGAACUCUUCCUUUGUCACCAAGGUUCUGGAGAUGGACCGUGAGAAGCGGAAGCUGGUGGGCGUGGCUGGUCUCCAUCAGAGACGACUCUCAUCCACACCCAUCAAGUCACCAGUGGGCAGAGAGCUGCGGUGCAGCACUGAAAUUAACGGCGGCACUGUGAAGAGCCAUGAAGACGAGGAGGCGAAAUCUUCAUCAGAGUCCGCAGCCAAUUUUAGAGGGCCUGAACAAGCAGUCACGCCUCCCGUUUUUCCCAUCAUCCCUUGCUUCCCCGUCCCAUCGGAGCCACCAUACGACAAGCGCUCCUACCAGGAUGACGAUGAAGAGAGUGACAACGUUGACCGCAGCGUUGAAGACGACGACUCCACGCUGGAGGACGACAAAGAUGCAACGGCCAGCCGAGUCAUGUUUGGCGAUGACACCACAUGGAAUGACAUGGAUGACAUGGCGGUCAGCGCUGAACCCGUUUCUCCAGAGACAGCCAAUCAAGACUCAGAUGCGGCAUCUAAUCCGCCUCCUCCGUCUCCUCCUCCUCCUCCUCCUCCUUCUCCUCCUCCUCCUCCUCCUCCUGCUCCUCCCUCCUCAAAACUCAUGAUGAAACUGUUCCCUGUGCUCAAGACAAAGACAACUAAUGCACCUCUCCCUCCACCUGAUUUCACCUCAACCUACCCACCUGACAAGGUGGACAACAAGACAGGGCAGCAGGUACAGUCCACACAGUUGAGGGAGCGACUGGUGGAGCUGGAACUCGAGAUUGAGCGUUUCAAGAAGGAGAAUGCAGCGCUGGCCAAACUCCGACAGGAGAAUGAGAAGAACAAGGAAAACCUCAGGAAGGAGCGAUUGGCCUGGGAGCAGCAGCAAGCUGAGCAGAUGGCUCACUUUGAGGAGUACAAGAAAGAAGAAACCAGGAAACUUCAGCGCGAGCGAAAACUCUUUGAGAAACACGCCACGGCUGCACGGGCUAUGCCUGACAAAAAGGAACGCGAGGAGAUACAGGCUCUGAAGCAGCAACUGAGCUCCAUGCAGGAGGAUCUGCGGAAGAAGGAGAGUCGCUGGUCGGCCACUCACAAUCGACUUCGCCAGCAGAUCAACUCGCUUGGCCAGGAAAAUAACGAGUUGAGAGAUGAGGUACGCACACUGGAGAAACUUCGUCUGAGUGUCUUGAAGAACUCUUUAGACUCAGAAAAAGUUGUAAAAAAUGUGCCUCCUGUCACCAAAGGAGUUACAUUUGCUAAUCCUCUGGACUCCAGCCGGAGUGCCAGCCCUCCAAAGGGCAGCACUGCAGCGCCCAUCAGAGCCAACGCCAGUGCACGUACGAGUAAAGGGAUGAAAAGCAGCCUGAGAAAGCCAACACCGUCAUCAUCAUCAUUACGCAGACAAAUGUCAGAGGAAAAGCAAAUGACUGCCACAGAGAAAUCUCCAAAUGAGCAAUGUUCUGAGAGCUGCUCGCAGACUUCAAGAGAGUCAAAUGAAGCAGAGAGCAGUGAGAUUCAGACUGUUCAGGAUGUCAUCACACACCCUGAUGGAAAGGUGGAGAAGGUCCUGCCGGGUGGCAACCGCGUCUUCGUGUUCCCCAACGGCACCACGAAGGAAGUGUCAUGCGACGGCUCGACUGUAAAAUUCAAUUUCUUCAACGGUGACAUCAAAGAGGUGAUGGCCGACCAGAGGGUGUUGUACUACUACGCUGACACCAAGGCAACACAGAUCACAUACCCGGACGGCAUGGAGGUCCUGCACUUCCCUGACAACCAAAUGGCAGAGAAACUCUUUCCAGACGGCCGCAAGGAAAUCACGUUUGCGGACCAGACGGUCAAGACGUUUUUCCCAGACGGCAGCGAGGAGAGCGUCCUGACAGACGGAACCGUAGUCCAACUCAAAACGGAUGGGACCCAGGAGAUCCAUUUCAACACAGGCCACAAGGAGGUGCACACGGCUGAGUACAAGAGCCGAGAGUACCCCGACGGCACGGUGAAGACCAUCUACUCGGAUGGACGGCAGGAGACGCGAUACCCGGGAGGGUGGCUGCGCAUCAAAGACAAGCACGGAAACGUCCUGACGGAAACGCUGCCGUGGACGAGCCACAAGUAGUGUACCAAACACAAGGAGCCCUUUCAAUUCAUUUAGUCACUUUCGGACCUCCUGCAAGGAGCCUGAGAACCACGCUCACAGGAAAAAAAGGUUACGCAAGUUAGCAAUUACGUUGCAACGUUGAAGGAUACUCUUGCUAGUACAAGUAAAAAUUCUAAGGUUGGGAAUUCAGUCUGUUAAAAAAAAAAGUAGGGAUGAAAAUAUGUAAAAAGUGUCCAAAUUCGUGUAAACUAUUUUUUUUUUGUGUAACGUUACAUUUUUGUAGUAGUAUAACCUCAUGACCUUACUCAUAUUUGUGCAGUUCAUACUCGUGAAAUUGUGAAUUUGCGCUCCCUAUAUACCAAUUUUCUCCCAAAAAUAUGACUUUGUAAUUUAUACAUCACUCACAAAACUUCAAGUACUGUCAUGCACAACCACAUUCUUAUAAAAUUACAACUUUAUACUUGACUAUUAACCUUUUAUUUAUGCUCCAAAAAUUAAAUAUUGAAAUGUGUCCCAAAAAUAAAUGUGUAAAUAUUCUCAAAUGACUAGCAACUUCACUCUUUAAAUACUACAAUUUAAUUUUUAUUGAAUGUCAAUUUUUCUAAUAUUGCCGCUUCAUCCUCGCCUAAAAUUAUGCCACUCGUAAAAUUUUAAUAUUUUCUCUGAGUAAUAUUUUUGUUAAUUUAUCACUCAUUGAACUGCUUAAAAUUGGCUUUAUUCACUUAGUGUAAUCAAAUAAAAGUUUAUUUAAAAAUUAAAAUUUGAGUAGUCCCGUAAACGUAUUUUAUUCCAAUAAAUUUGUUAACGUAAAAUUCCAAAUGUAUUUAUGUGAAAUGAUUUUCGGAAAACAUACAAAUAAAUAAUUAUAACCUAAUGCCUUAAAAUUGAAGGCAGAUUAUUAUUUUUUUUUUAACCGUGUUCACGUAAAAUUUCAACACUAUUCUAAAAUUCAGACUUUUCUCUUGUCAUCUGAUGACCAUAUUCAUGCUGUGUAAUACAAUGCAGUAUAAAUGUAAUAUAAUUUUGACAAUAGCGAUCCUUAGUGGUACCUAGCUGGACUCUUGUUAAAAUCCUUUUUUUUUUUUUUUUUUUUUAAAGGGGGAUUAAAGCGACACUAUGUAGGUUUUGGCGCCCUCGUAAGAUCAAAUUCAGCAUUACAACAAAACAUCCAUCACUUCAAUAUGACACAGGCAAUGCCCCUUCUAUGAUUAUGUUGUACAUUAUUACUGUUUUGAAGGACAUGCAUCAGUUUUGUGCCGUCAUUUGCAGUGCGCCAGUUCGGGAAAUGAAUCGGGCCUUCCCUAAUUCUGAAAAAAUAAGAUGUAGCAGGCAAAUACGGCAAGAUGAUAGAGGAGGAAAAUGGCUUGAACUGCAUUGUCAUGUCUAGGAGUGGAGUUUUCCAGAGGAAAGAAAGUUUUGAAGUAUAGCUUUUUUUUAAUAAUAUAAAAAGUUACCACUCGCCAUACAGCAACUAUUUUUUUUUUAUUUUGAUUAAUAUUCUGCAGUACUACAUUGACUUCUCCCAUCUGACUUACCUGUUCAAAAUGUGAAGCUAUUUAUUUAUUAGGUGAAUAUUUGUUUAAAAGAAAAAAGUUCAGAUGUAUGCCUCAUGCUUGUUUGACGUGUAAAUAAAUGAUAAGUGGG